UUCCGGCGCCUGCCUCAGGCCGCCGCCUUCCCGCUCUGGGGCCGCCUCGCCCCGUCCCGGCCCCGUAGGUCUUUGCGUGGCGUAGCGCGGUGGAACUCGGUGGCUUUGCUUUGGGAGCCGGAUUUGUUCCCGUUUGAACUGAGACCACAUAAGUGGAAGUAGCAUAUCAUCUUUGAAGAGUGUAUAGUGCAGCAAAGCAAGAGUAACGCAGGCAGUGUGUUCAUCUGAGUGCAGGCGUGUUCCUGGUUUGUGACUGUGUUCAUCUGCAGUGUCUUUAAGGGAAAAAAAAAGUGCUGUGUUUUGAGAAAUGUGCUGUGAUUUAAAAAGGAGGUUUUUGCUCCUUUAUGCAACACAAAAGGGACAGGCAAAAGCCAUAGCUGAGGAAAUAUGGCAGCAAGCAGGUGCCCAUGGACUUGAAGCUGAUAUGCACUGUAUAAGUGAAAUGGACAAGUAUAACCUGGAAACAGAGAAGGAUCCUGUAGUUAUUGUCAUUUCCACUACCGGUACUGGAGACCCACCAGACACUGCCCGCAAGUUUGUAAAGAAAAUUCGAGACACAACCUUGCCUCCUGAUCAUUUCGCACAUCUCCAGUAUGGAUUGCUAGGUCUGGGAGAUUCAGAGUACACAUUCUUUUGUAACGGUGGAAAGACAGUAGACCGAAGACUGCAAGAACUUGGUGCCCAGCGCUUCUACGACACAGGAUUAGCAGAUGAUUGCGUAGGUUUGGAAUUAGUGGUUGAUCCUUGGAUUGAUGGACUUUGGCUUGCCCUCAAGGAAGCAUUUCUAUUGCAGAAAGAAAAAGAAGGCAUGAGCAGUGAUGUUGAUGCUGUUUCUAGCUCUCUCUCUGCGGCCCCCCACAUUGUGCCUGAACAAAACUUAAGCUCAGAAGUACAGAACUUGAAGCUAGAAGAUGGGGGAGUGAGAAAUUCUGAUCUGCUGACACAGAAACUGGUUGACAUCAAUCUUGUGGCUUCAACUGGAGACACUGAACCUUCACUUGCUCGUUCUGUCCCUCCUGUCUCUCAGUCUGCUCUUAAUAUUCCUGCCUUGCCACCAGAAUAUAUAGAGGUGCAGUUUCAGGACACCCAUGGUGAGAAUCCACAUCUGUCCUCACUGGUUUUGGAGGGAGCAACCUUUGAAGUGCCAGUUACAAAAGCAGUUCAGCUCACUCGCGAAGAUGCAAUAAAAACUGCAUUGCUCUUAGAACUUGAUACUGCAGAAACAGUCUUUGACUAUCAGCCUGGAGAUGCCUUCUGUGUGAUAUGUCCCAACAAUGUCAAUGAGGUGGAAGAACUUCUUCAAAUCUUGGGACUUUCUGAAAAAGGAGACUGUUUUGUUUGCGUAAAGGUUAAGCAGGGCACUAAAAAGAAAGGAGCAACUCGUCCACAACACAUCCCUGAAAGAAGCACUCUGAAAUUCAUUCUAACCUGGUGUCUGGAAAUAAGAGCAGUUCCCAAAAAGGCCUUUUUGCGAGCUCUUGUAGAAUGUACCAGUGAUGUGGGAGAAAAACGGAGGCUUCAAGAGCUUUGCAGCAGACAAGGAGCCUCUGAUUAUACGCGCUUUAUUAGAGAGUCCAAUGUUUGCUUGCUGGAUUUACUUCAUGCUUUUCCAAGCUGCAAGCCUUCACUUAACCUCUUAAUAGAACAUCUUCCUAAGUUACAAGCCAGAUCUUAUUCAGUGUCAAGUUCAAACUUAUAUCAGCCAGGAAAACUAUGGUUUGUGUUCAAUAUUGUGGAGUUUCCUGCCUGUCCCACGAGAGCAGUCUCACGGAAAGGAGUAUGUACAGGCUGGCUUGCUGAGUUAGUCACACCUCUACUGCACCCCAUUAAAAACAAUCUGGAUACAAAAGGAGUAAGCCGUUCAACGGAAAAGAUAACUAUUUAUGCUCGUCCAAACAAUACUUUCCACUUACCUGCAGACUCAUCUGUCCCGUUCAUGAUGGUUGGUCCAGGAACAGGAAUUUCACCAUUUAUUGGUUUCCUACAACAUAGGCAAAAGCUCAGAGAAGAACACACAGACUGGGAGUUUGGAGACACAUGGCUGUUUUUUGGUUGUCGGCAUCAAGAUCGAGACUAUUUGUUCAAAGAUGAGCUCAGAUGUUUUCUUGAAAAUGGCACGUUAACUCAUCUUAAGGUUUGUUUCUCAAGAGACUCUUCAACUGCAGAAAUAGCCCCGCCUAAAUAUGUGCAAGAUGUCAUUAGGCUUUAUGCGAAGGAGGUUGCCCGAGUCCUGCUGAAAGAGAGAGGUUACUUCUAUGUCUGUGGAGAUAAGAAGCACAUGGCUGAUGGAGUAAGUGAUGCUGUAGUGGACAUUAUAAGCAUGGAAAUGGAGGUUGACAAAUUGGAAGCAAUGAAAAUCCUGGCCAUGCUUCGAGAAGCAAAACGAUAUUUGGAGGAUGUUUGGAGCUGAAUUUAGCUUUUCCUGUGCCUUUGUAACGCACAAGAUUUUGUUUCGCACUUACGCUUUUGACUAAAAGUUAUUGUCAGAAGUGCUGCCUGUAGUCACACAAAUCUUAACUUUCUCUAUUGACCUUUCAAACAGGAAUAUAAAACCUUGCAGAUGACAGCAAACCAGGCUGCCUUUUGAAGCAUGUGAUUUUUUAAUGACAUUACAUAAUGGACUGUCUCAGUGCCUUGAUUCUCUCAUUUUAAGUUUGCUUUCACGUAGAAAGUAAAAACUUCUGUACGUGUACAAGUAUAAUUGUAAGUUUACACUUCAUCAUGUAUUUUUUCCUAUAAUGGAUACAUAAAGAAGCUACAGAGUAAAUAUGAUAUUGCACACUAAUUUGUGCAUCAUCAAAUACGUUACUGACUUGCCCAGAUUUAUUUGAACGUGUAUUGGAUUUGCAUGGCAAGGUUUUGGUAGCCAGGGUUUUACAGGGGUGACUGCAGUGAGAAGCUAGAAGCUUCCUAUAUUCAUUCCAAGAUGGACCCGCUGCUGGCCAAGGCUGAGCCUGUCAGUGCCAGUAAGUAGCACCUCUGUGAUAAAAUAUUUAAGAAGGGGGAAAUCCUGAUGUCUGAAGGAGGCUGUGAGCCCAUGGGAAGCUCGUGCUGAAGAAGGCAGGUUUGCUGGCAGGGCUUGUGAACCCAUGGAGGACCCACACUGGAGCAGUCUGUUCCUGAAGGACUGCACCCUGUGGAAAGGACCUGCACUGGAGUAUUUUAUGAAGAACUGCAGCCAGGAGAAAGGGGAGCCAGGGCAAGUACUCACUUUGGAGAAGUUUGUGGAGGACUGUCUCCCAUGGGAGGGACCCCAUGCUAGAGGAGAGAAAGAGUGUGAGGAGUCCUCCCCCUGAGGAGGAAGGAGCAGCAGAGACAACGUGUGAUCAACUGACCACAACCCCCGUACCCCGUUCCCCUACACUGUUUCAGGGGAGGGAGCAGAGAAGUCAGGAGUGAAGCUGAGCCCAGGAGGAAGGGAAGGGUGAGGGGAAGGUGUUUUACUAUUUGAUUUUUGUUUCUCAUUGCCCUACUCUGAUUUUAAUUGGUAAUAAAUUGAAUUUCUACAA